AUGGAGGAAAUGGAAACCAAGCUCUGCAGCAGUGACAAAGAGGAAGCUUUUAAAAGAGAAUUACCAUACUGCACAGGAGAAAUAGACUUCACAGCUUCUGGGAAGAAACAUGGACAGUUUAUGAAGGUCCAGAGUACCAUUCACCCUGGAAUUAUAUUUGAAGUUAUGCUCAACAAAUGGAAGCUACCUGCUCCCAAUUUGGUUAUCUCUUUAGUAGGGGGAGAAGAAAAUUUUCAGAUGAAGCCUUGGCUACGGGACACCUUAAAGAAAGGAUUUAUAAAGGCAGCUGAAAGCACAGGUGCCUGGAUUUUCACCAGUGCAUUGCGUGUAGGAGUAACAAGAUACUUAGUGCAAGCAGUCCGAGAUCUUGCCCUGGCUAGUACCUCAUCCACACUAAGCGUGGUUGCCAUAGGAAUAACUUCACUCAGGAAAAUCCAGCACAGUGAAAUUCUGGAUAACACGAAGAGUGAAAGUCUUGUACACUACCACUCAGACGACAACAUCCAAGGCCCACCCUAUUCCCUGGAUCACAACCACUCCCAUUUUAUUCUGGUGGACCACACCACACCAGACGAGCCGGAUGGAACCACCAAGCUCCUCUUCACCUUGGAAAAGUACAUCUCGGAGCAGCGCACGGGAUAUGGGGGAACAGGUAGCAUCGAGAUCCCUGUGCUUUGCUUGCUGGUAAAUGGAGGACCAGGCACACUUGAGAGAAUUUGCAGUGGGUUGGAAAAUUCUGCUCCCUGGCUUAUCUUAGCAGGGUCUGGAGGUACAGCUGACAUCUUAGCUGCAUUCAUGAAUGACCCACAGCUUCUCAUGCCAGAAGCUGUUGAAAAGCAAUUUAAGGAGAAAUUCCCGGCAGAGAGCUUCUCGUGGAAGGACAUUCUCCAGUGGACAGUGACAAUUCAGAACAUUAUUUCACACCAGAAUCUUCUAACUCUGCACAACUUUGAGCAAGAUGGUUCAGAAGAGCUAGACACAGUCAUUCUAAAAGCUUUAGUAAAAGCCUGUAAAAGUCAGAGCCAGGAGGCUAAGGAAUAUCUGGAUGAACUGAAACUGGCAGUGGCCUGGAAUAGGGUUGACAUUGCUAAAAGCGAAAUAUUCAAUGGGGACGUGGAGUGGAAGUCCUGUGACCUGGAAGAAGUGAUGAUGGAUGCUCUGGUCAACAACAAACCAGAAUUCGUAAAGUUAUUUAUUGACAAUGGGGCUAACAUAUAUGAAUUCCUGACCUACAGUCGUCUACAGAGACUCUACUGUUCCAUUUCUCAGAAAUGUCUCCUCUAUGAGCUUCUUCUGAAGAAACAUGAAGAAAGCAAACUGACCUUGGCAGGGCUGACUGGUCAGCAGCAAAAUGAGCAGAAGGAGAUGUGCCCCCUCUUCACUCUCAGUGAGGUCUCUAGAGUUCUCAAGGAUUUUCUUCAUGAUGCAUGCAAAGGUUUCUAUCAAGACCUCAGACAUGGAGGCAAGAAGAAGGCUGACAAAACGAACACAAAGCGAUUACCUGGGCCCUUGGACAUGAACCAGAAAAGCGAAAAUCCUUGGAGGGAUUUGUUUAUAUGGGCAGUACUUCAAAACCGGCACAAGAUGGCAAACUAUUUCUGGGCUAUGGGUCAGGAGGGUGUAGCUUCAGCUCUGGCAGCCUGCAAGAUCCUCAAAGAGAUGUCCCGCCUGGAGACAGAGACCAAAGCAGCCUCUAUAAUGAAAGAGGCCAAGUAUGAGCAGCUCGCUGUUGAACUAUUUAGUGAAUGCUACCACAACAGUGAGGAGAGAGCGUUUGCACUGUUGGUGAGGAAAAAUCAGUACUGGAGUAAAACCACAUGCCUUCAGCUGGCCACAGAAGCAGACACAAAGUCUUUCUUUGCACAUGACGGUGUCCAGGCCUUCCUGACAAAAAUAUGGUGGGGAGACAUGUCUACAAGCACACAGAUCCUCAAGUUAAUCUGUGCAUUCUGGUGUCCUUUCCUAAUCUACACAAAUUUAAUAUCAUUCAGUGAGGAAAAACAAUCAAAGGAUGAGCCAGAGCCAUUUAGAGAGCUGGACAGUUUGGAUUCAGAGAGGACUCUGUUUUUCUCCAAGGAAGAAGAUAGAGGAAAUGACACACUGGAAAAACAGAACCCUUCUGCAAACACAGCAUGGGCAACAUUCAUGUCUACCCGGUGGAGAAAAUUCUGGAGUGCCCCUGUAACUGUGUUUAUGGGGAAUGUUAUAAUGUAUUUUGCUUUUCUCUUUCUAUUUACUUAUGUCCUUUUACUGGACUUUAAACCACCUCCGCCUCAGGGUCCAUCUGUUAAAGAAAUUGUACUCUACUUCUGGGUGUUUACCCUUGUCUUGGAAGAGAUCCGACAGAGUUUCUAUACAGAUGAAGACACAAACUUAAUGAAAAAAUUUAAACUGUACGUGGAGGAUAACUGGAAUAAAUGUGAUAUGGUGACCAUCUUUCUCUUCAUAAUUGGGGUAACCUGCAGGAUGCUGAACUCAACUUUUCAAGCUGGUCGUACAAUACUUGCCAUUGAUUUUAUGGUGUUUACACUUAGACUUAUCCAUAUUUUUGCAAUUCACAAACAACUUGGACCAAAGAUCAUAAUCGUGGAAAGGAUGAUGAAGGAUGUUUUCUUCUUUCUAUUUUUCUUGAGUGUGUGGCUCAUUGCCUACGGUGUGACAACUCAAGCUCUGCUUCAUCCUGAUGACAGCCGAGUGGAAUGGAUAUUCAGAAGGGUUCUUUAUCGUCCCUACCUUCAAAUAUUUGGCCAGAUUCCACUGGAUGAAAUAGACACAUCACGAACAUAUCCCAGGAACUGCACGUUUAACCCACUGCAGACUUUGCAGAACACGCCAUCCUGCCCUAACAGCUACGCCAACUGGCUCGUCAUACUCCUGCUGGUCAUCUUCCUACUUGUCACAAAUGUCCUCCUUAUGAACCUCCUGAUUGCUAUGUUCAGUUACACUUUUCAAGUUGUCCAGGGCAAUACAGACAUCUUCUGGAAAGUACAGCGCUACAACCUGAUUGUGGAAUACCAUGGCCGGCCUGCCUUAGCACCACCAUUUAUCAUUAUCAACCACAUUACUCUGGUUCUCAGAAGACUCUUCAACAAAAUGGAACACAAGAGAAAGCACCUGGAAAGAGAUCUUCCACUGGGCCUCGAUCAAAAAAUCAUGACAUGGGAGCUGGUGCAAAAAGAACAUUAUCUUGUAAACCUCGAGCAAGAAAAGAAAGAAAGCAAUGAAGAAAGGCUGAAGGCCACAUCUAAUAAGGUGGAUAACUUGUCUAAAUAUUUUAGUGGGUUGAAAGAACAAGAAAAACGAUUUAAAGUUCUGGAAGCUCAGAUUUGCUACUGUACGGCUGUUAUCUCCUCCAUGGCAGAGGUUUUAACCAAAACCAACCUCUUGUGCACUCCACCAGCUCCAAACUAUACAGGCGCGAAGAGAGCCAACACAGAAGCCCCUUUGCCGCAAAGAAGUGAAAGAGAAGAGCGUGCAGAUCAGUUUGAGACUGACAUCGAAUACAUUGAUAAUUAA